CUCUCCUCUAGUCCCUCCCUCCGCCCGGCCCGAGUCCUCUGCUCCGCUGAACGCUGAUGUGUUACUAGCUCCAGCUACAAGUCCAACAAGAUGUUCACCCUGGGAUCCAAGCUGCUGCUGCUUCUCCUCCUGGCCUUCCCCUGCGGACUCAUCUCCAUCGGCCAGGUCUCUGCAGAGCCAGACUCUGCUGAGGACACCGUCGAGGAUGCAGAUGCUGCCGUAGAUGAGGAGGAGGACGAUGAAGAGGUUCUCGUUGAGGAAGAUCAGAUACAAGCACCGGAGGCUGAGGAGGAGGAGUCUGAUGAAGGCGAAGAUAAACUGGCAACUGUUCACCCUGAUGCCGACACAACCAUCCUCUUCACGACAGGAGAAGAGUUCUUUGCCAAUGAGAUCGUGAGGUUCCUGGUUGGUUUCAGCAACAAGGGGAGUCAGGAUUUCGCCGUCCAGUCAUUGGAGGCCUCUUUCCGUUAUCCCCAGGACUUCCAGUUCUACAUUCAGAAUUUCACAGCUCUGCCCCUGAACACAGCCGUGCAGCCCCAGUCUCAGGCCUCCUUUGAGUACUCGUUCAUCCCAGCUCAGCAGAUGGCCGGUCGUCCAUUCGGUCUUGUUAUCCUCCUCAACUAUCUUGACAAUGAGGGUAACGUGUUCCAGACUGCCAUCUAUAACCAGACUGUCACCAUCAUUGAGAGAGAGGAGGGACUGGAUGGUGAAACGGUGUUCCUGUACGUGUUCCUUGCUGGCCUGGUCGCCCUGAUGGUCUUUGGAAUAUACCAAGUCCUGGAGACGAGGACGAAAAAGAGACUCCCUGUGAAAAUAGAGAAGGGCACUGGUGGGAUGAGUGAUGUGGACAUCAGCUGGAUUCCUCAGGAGACUCUUAAUGUCAUGAACAAGGCUUCCCCGAAAGCAUCUCCAAGGAAACGAACCAAGAGGGCCGCUGGAACUGAUCAAUAAAGCUGUCCAUGUUUCCAUCCGUCAUCAUAGGGUCCAUCAGGCUUUCAAUUCAUCUCCUCACCACAGUAACCUGAUCCCCAUUCACAAUGGAUCAGCAUUACUGGAGCCUGACCAGUUUGUUCUCGAAGUUUCUGUGGAUUUCAGUCUCUCAGUCUGAUGUUCCUGUUGGUGUCACAAGCAGCGUCCUGGACGCUACAGCUCUGCUCAAAGUAUUUAGACACUAACAGGACGGAACUACAGUUCAUUUUCUAAUGUGUGUGUGUAUAAGGGUAAACCAUGUGGUCAUUAAAAAUCAUGGAAAAACAAAAGGGAUUUGGUACAGCUUGAGCCCAAAACAAGCUGAAUAGAAUGCAUCCAUGUGGAUGCUGUGACAUGACAAUAAUUAAAUGUUAAUGUCAUUAUUCAAAGACUUGUCAAAAUGAUGAUAUAUGUUAUGACCUGAAAGCAUCCACAUAUCUUUAAACCACCAUUGUGCCUGACCUGCACUGUGAUUUUGAUAAAAAAAAUGCAGUUGAUUACGACUACCCACUAUUCCCCCUCUGCUGUUAACAUCUAGUUACAUGACAUGAGGUCUGGGCCCUUUAGGUGCGAUGUGAUGUUUGUAUUAUGUGGGGGAAAUGGCAGCUGCAAGAACAAAAAGCAUUAAACAGUGUUCUCUGCAGGUUUCUGCAGCUCCUUUUCAUCACCAGCCUGUUGUUAGAGGCUCAGCGGAGCAUCUUUACCAGAUGCAGUCUUUCAGAUUGUAUUCAAGUAUUUGUGAUGAAACAAUAAAUGGGUGAACAAA